GUCACUUUGAAAACCGCAUUUGUUUUGUUCUGGAGGUCCCACGUGAAACCGGGCAUUGGAUUACUAAAACUAUUUGGUACAUUUUGCAGUAAAAUGGUGAAGAAAAAGAUAGAUAACCGCAUUCGUGUGAUGAUCGAAAAUGGUGUCAAGAUGGGUCACCGUACGAUGUUCGUUAUAGUUGGCAAUAAAGCACGCGAUCAAGUGCCCAUACUUUACGAUAUCCUGACCAAGGCAUCGGUUAAAGCGCGACCGACAGUGCUGUGGUGCUACAAGAAUAAGGAUGAAGCCAUUUCCAACCAUGGUAAAAAGCGAGCGAAAAAGAUACAAGCCGGUAAGAUCGACAUCAACGAGUCGGAUCUGUUCGAUGCCUUUCGGGUAGCUACUACGAUCCAUGGCAGAUACUAUAAGGAUACGCAUACCAUUCUCGGUAAAACGUAUGGUGUGUGUGUAUUGCAAGAUUUUGAAGCUCUUACGCCUAACCUUUUGGCGCGUACCGUUGAAACUGUCGAGGGAGGUGGUUUGAUCAUUCUACUGCUAAAAACGAUCUCCUCCCUAAAGCAGAUUUACACUAUGAGCAUGGACGUGCACAAACGGUACCGCACGGAAGCACACCAGAAUGUUACGUGUCGCUUCAACGAACGUUUGAUUCUAUCGCUAGCCGACUGUUCCCGUUGUUUGUUGGUAAACGACGAUUUAACCGUGCUACCACUAUCUUCGCGCACAGCUGACGUGAAAGCGAUCGAUGUUGCUUCGAUCGAAAGCAGUCAUAGUGAGCAGCUUGCAGAGCUAAAGGAAAGUCUGGCAGAUGCCCCACCAGCGGGACCGUUGGUUAGUUUGUGCCGAACGUACGACCAAGCGAAAGCCGUGGCUCAGUUUAUCGAUGCACUUGCUGAGAAGCAACUUAAACCACCAACAUCUUUGACGGCCGGACGUGGACGUGGAAAAUCUGCCGCCAUGGGUCUGGCAAUUGCCGGCUCGAUAGCGUUCGGCUACGUAAAUGUGUACGUAACAUCGCCAUCGCCGGAAAAUUUGAUCACACUUUUUGAGUUCAUUCUCAAAGGUUUUGACGUGUUGGAGUAUCAGGAGCACACGGACUACACAAUCAUACGCUCGACGAAUCCAAACUUCAACAAAGCGAUCAUUCGCAUCAACGUAACACGAAACAACCGGCAAACGAUUCAGUACAUCUCCCCGACGGAUGCACAUCUUCUGAAUGCCGCCGAUUUGUUGAUCAUCGACGAAGCAGCUGCCAUUCCGUUGCCAAUGGUAAAAGCAAUGAUAGGUUCGUAUCUGGUGUUUAUGGCUUCUACUAUCAACGGAUAUGAAGGAACCGGACGAUCCCUCAGCUUGAAGUUACUAUCGCAAUUACAAAAGGAAAACAAUGCACCACAACCGAUUAAGCUUGAUGAAUCGAUCCGUUACAGUCCCGGUGAUCCCGUUGAAUCAUGGCUCACGUCACUGUUGUGUCUCGACGCUACAAUUGUGCAGAAUUUAAAUUCCGGUUGUCCACCGCCGGACGAGUGUCAGCUUUAUUACGUGGAUAGAGACGCACUGUUUUCUUAUCAUCGAGCGGCAGAGACAUUUCUUCAAAGGAUUGUAUCCAUUUGUGUAUCGUCGCACUACAAAAACAGUCCAAAUGAUUUGCAGAUGAUGAGUGACGCUCCAUCGCAUCAUCUGUUUUGCCUUUUGGGUCCGAUCGUAAAGAAAAAUCAAUUGCCAGAAAUACUGGUCGUGAUUCAGGUGUGUUUAGAGGGAGAAAUUUCUUCCCGCACAAUGCAAAACUCGCUUGUGCGUGGCAUGAAAGCAUCUGGCGAUUUAAUUCCGUGGAACAUAGCGGAACAGUUUGGCGACCACGAGUUCCCAAAAUUGUCCGGAGCCCGAAUCGUUCGCAUAGCAACGCAUCCAAACUAUCAACGUAUGGGGUAUGGAAAACGCGCACUGAAUCAGCUGAAACUUUAUUAUGAAGGAAAAUUCCCUAUCGAAACGGAUGGAUUCGACGACGACCAGGGAAACGACAACGGUAUCGAAACAAUUGAUGAUGAGGACGUAGAUUUGCUCAAAGAGGUGAUUGCUCCGAGAAAGAAAAUUCCAACACUGCUCAAAUCGCUCACAGAGCGUAGACCAGAAUUGCUGGACUACCUUGGCGCGUCGUUCGGUCUGACGGGCGAAUUAUUACGCUUUUGGAAGAGUCAAAAGUUUGUUCCCGUAUACCUAAGCCAGAAGGAAAAUGAUCUUACCGGAGAGCACUCGUGCAUCUUGCUCUGUCCGAUCAACUCCAGCAAUGAGCGGGUCGAAACCAACGAAUGGUUAAAUCAUUACUUUUACGAUUUCCGUCGACGUGUACUGAAAUUGCUUGGAAAGGCGUUUAAAAAGUUCCCCACUAGCAUGGCGCUUUCUUUGCUUGAAAACAGGGCUGUUAAGAUCGAGGGCAAACCAUUGACGCAAACGACGAUCGAUGAAAUAUUUCUUCCGCACGAUAUACAGCGACUGGAAAUGUACAUCAACAGUCAAGUGGAGUAUAAGCUCAUCUGGGAUUUGACUACCGAUCUUGGGUCUCUCUACUUUCAAGACAGGAUGGCCGGAGCUCAUCUCGAAACGCUACAUAAAGCAAUUCUACUCGGCUGUGGAUUGCAGAAUAAGUCGAUCGAUCAGAUGAUGGAUGAGUUAAACAUGCCCAGCAAUCAGGUACUGGCAAAGUUUUUUGAUUGCAUGAAAAAGGUUACCAAUUACAUGCUGCGAACAAUGGAGAACACGAUCGAGGGCACCAUGGCAAAGCCAAGCGAGUUGAAUAUGGGAGACAAUUUGAUGCCCUUGAAGCAGAGUCUUAAUGAAGAGUUUGAGGAAGAUGUGAAAACCUUAGAGAAACAGCAAAAGAAGGAGUUGACCAAGCUGAAAAAGCUUAACCUUGAUCAAUAUGCAAUCAAGGGAACGGACGAAGAAUGGAACAAAGUGUUAUCCAAAACCAAAUCGACGAUAGUGUCGAUUAAAAGUGGAGAGAAGCGGCUUAAUGAAAGUGUUGAUGAGUCCAAUAUAUCAUCCGGCGGUGGUGACGUUUCCGCAUUUCAAAAGAAGAAAGCAAAGUUCGGCAAAAAGCAAAAGACUCGCAACAGCAAGGGCUAAUACUUGCACCCAACAGUCGUCAUAAUUUUUACGCUAAGGUUCUGACGGCGUAAUGUAUUUUGACGGUACGAAGAAGAAUUUAUAAAAUAUAUGAAACAUAUAAUGCGAAUUAAA